UCUAAACAUAAUUUUUUUUUGUUUAAUAAAGAUGGAGAUUUACUAAAUUUGUAAUAGAGUUUUUAUUUUAAAAACAAUUUUCAUUUUUAUGGCUAUUUGUUAAUAUGUCUUGUUAUUUAUCUAUGGAGAAAUACAUUUGAAGAAAAAAAACUAUGAAAGGUCGUGUUCCUUACACUGAGGAUGAUGAUGAGGCAAUUAUUGUUUAUCUUAAGAAAAAUAAGAUAAAGGACUUUGGCCCAGGAAGUGCUAAAGGAGAUGCAAUUUGGCACCAAUUAGAAAGAGAGCAGAUCACAAAUCACUCAUGGCAAUCUAUGAAGGCUCGAUAUAGAGAUAAACUGAUGUAUAAAAUUCAAUCUAUGUCUAUGGUUAAAAUGGUUCCUUCUGGUAAUGAUGUCAUACCAGUAGCUUUACAAAAUGAUACAAAGAAAGAUACAACAUCUUCACAUUUUGGUUCAAGAAAACAUUGUUCAAAAAGUAGACUUUUACCAAAGAAACGAGCUGUGUAUUCUCCAGCAAGUGAAACGGAUCUAUCUUCGAAAGUUGUUUCAAAAAAAUCGAAGUACUUUCAAUAUGAAAUUUCCUCUGUGUUAAAUCAUAAUGAAAUAUCUUUAAAAAAUCCCAAUGACAUCACCAAUAAUGAUGAUGGAGAAAAAAAUAAUUGUAAUGAUGUAUCUGUAUUGAAAAAAAUUGAUUUUAAAGUUCAGAGAAGUAGUUCUUCAGAGAAAACUCAAGUGGUGGAAACAAAUUUUGGAGCAACCAGUGACGCACCACUUUCGCCUUUAACAGUAACUCAGCGUUCUGAUUCAGUUGAUAUGAGUGAUAUAGAUGAUUCUUUCGAUGAUUUUCUUAUACAAGCUGCAAUCUCUUCACAAUUAAAAGAAAAAGGGACUAAUACGCAACCUUUGUUUGACAAUAAUAUUCUUGUUUCAGAUGAAAGACCUGGUACGCUUGAAGAAGAGCAACCCUUUACUUUUGAGGAGUUUAAUUUAAAAAAAGAAAAAUUUCGAUGCUUUCUUCAAGAAUUGGACAAUUACUUGCAAAAAGUAAAAGAUAAUUCGUUUUAAACAUAAAUAUCUCCGCGGUGCUUGAAAUUUUUUUAUAAAUAUGCGAAUAUUAACGUUUUGUAUCAAUAUUAAUUUUACCAAAAGACGAAAAAAGCUAUUUGUUAGUCAAAUGACUUGAUAGCGCCGUUUUAUGUACAUAUACAAGGCAGUUCUAAUUAUUUAAAUAAUUCAUUAAAAUAUCUUA